GGGCGGCUGCACGCUCAUCUAUCCACCCCCAUCAACCGACAGACUCGAAAUCCAAGAUGGGUCGUCGACCAGCUCGCUGCUACCGCUACUGCAAGAACAAGCCAUACCCCAAGUCUAGGUACAAUCGUGGUGUCCCGGAUCCGAAGAUCCGUAUUUUCGACCUCGGCAGGAAGCGUGCCUCCGUUGAUGACUUUCCCUUCUGCUGCCACCUCGUCUCCGAUGAAUAUGAACAGCUCUCCUCGGAAGCCUUGGAAGCCGCCCGUAUUUGUGCCAAUAAGUACGUCACCAAGACCAGCGGAAAGGAUUCUUUUCAUCUCCGUGUCCGCGUGCACCCCUUCCAUGUCAUUCGGAUUAACAAGAUGUUGAGCUGUGCUGGUGCCGAUCGACUCCAAACUGGCAUGCGUGGUGCUUGGGGUAAGCCCUAUGGCACUGUUGCCCGGGUCAACAUCGGCCAGAUCAUUCUGUCCAUCCGGUGCAAGGACGCUAAUGCGCCUGUCAUUAUGGAAGCACUUCGCCGUGCUCGGUACAAGUUCCCUGGCCGCCAGAAGAUCAUUGUUUCUAAGAAGUGGGGUUUUACUAAUGUCGACAAGGCCGAUUACCUGAAGCUCAAGGCGGACAAGAAGGUGUUGCAGGAUGGUGCCUAUGUACAGUUCAUCAGGCCUAAGGGCCCUCUUGAGCAGAACCUGAAGAACCAGUUGAGGGCGUAAGUCUAGAUGUAUAUGUACGUGCAUACGCUAGUUCGGAGGUAAUCCAGUACCUAUUCCAUUUUGCAUUUCUUCGCCUGCUACUUGCCCUUAUAUUCACUGAUCCAUCUAUCUACACAUGGAUGGUCUCAGGGGAAAGGGGGCAUAUAUUAAUUUAAAGUGUAGUUAAGCUAUAUGUUUUCUGACAUUGACGAGUUGAACGCGUCUUUGUUUUGGCCACCUAUACACAUUUAACUGCAUUUCGAAUUGGACGCAAAAAAUAACAGGUUUUGAUUUCGAUUUUGAUUUCAGAGCUUACCUAAUUAUAAUAUGAUUUUCUGAUAUCAUCAUUU